UGAACUGGUAUAAGUGGUUAGUAUGGGUGGUUACACGUCUUUGGGCAUAAAUGUAACAAAAAAAAAACAGACAUUAUAAACAUCCAUACGGACAAACGGUAAAAACGUAAUUUUUAUACUUUAUUCUGAGCUGGUCAGCUAACUUCCGCUAGUUGUCUGCACAAUGUAUCAACAACCAAUUUUCCCUUUAACGAUCAAUAACAAAUUACAGGAAAUUCCUCUUCAUAGGAGGAAUGAAGAAUAAACACGCGGUAUACGAAUAUUAAACUGGCUCGAGGAGGGUGUGUUAACACCCUGUCAUCGUAACGUCUCUCGAGUCAAUUAGCAAGACAGGAGAUCUUAGUCAGAGCUUUCUGUUUAGUGUUUAUUUUACCUCAUGAGUUCAGGUUAAAUAGCUUUUACAUAAAAUAUCAACUGGGUGUUUUUAAAACAAGUAUUUAAAACACUUGUUAUAAUGAAUACAUUGUUAAGGCCUACUCGAGCGCACAAGUGCAUUUUGUAACAGGUUAUUUAUUGGCUAUUUGAUUUUUUGCGGUGCUCAGAGUAAGAUCCCGAUCAUUUUCGAUCGCGUACAGGUUUCACUCUCUCUUGAGAUUACCGAGUCACGUGAAACUUGAUCCGUCACAACUGAAAUAUAGUGCGUAUUCAAUGUUUCCUUACAGGAAGAGAAUGCCGCCGUAAUACUUUUUAAAAUUAUUGCUCAAACUCGGCUUUGCAACCUUAGCCUUCACUUUUCAGUCCGACGCACCGCGCAGAUCCUGCUGUUUUUGAUUGUCUUCGCCUUUGCCGAAAAAAAAAAGAACAUCUCUAACGAUCACCUCGAAUCUCCCACUUGUAGGUGUGUGAAACACGAUAUCAAAACAAUGAACCGACUGAAUGCUCACAGAACAUUGGCUCCCAGUCAUCCACGUGGUGCAUGGCCACUACAACAGGAAGUCGUGGAUAAGAAGUGGGUCCUCCUACCGUCUGAGCUUGAUCAAGCUUUCGCUGGGCUUGUUGAAGGACGCGAUGAGUUUGCUAAGGCAACGCAACACUGUUACCAGUGGCAGCUCUGGCUUGGUUUUUGGGUGGUCGUUGCCGACAGCACAAAUCCAUUGCAGGUUGUUCUGCUGAGUUAACGAAACAUUCUGCAUGAAAAUGCCAGUCAGAUUUAAGGGAGUCACCGAGUACAAGAAGAGAUACGGGUGGAAGGACUCGGGGUCUCCUGUCUCUCCGGACCUCAGGGCACCCGGUGCGGGGCUGCGCUCAGACCAGCUGGGAAUUACGAAGGAGCCCAGUUUCACCUCCAAGAAGAGGGUGCCUUUCUACCGUCCACUGAUCUCCAGGUCUUUCCAGUGGGAGCAAGGCGACGGCUCUGAGAGAUCCCAACCAGCCGCCGCAGAGGAGAGGCCGCUGUCUCCCGAAAGAACGGAGACUCCACCAGCUCCACGGGUGCCCAGACUUCCCAGAUCUCCGUCGGAGGAUUUAAAUCCACAGCCUUUCCCAGUGGCAAACGGCAAAAACUUGCCUUCCUCUGAUCCAGAUAAGCAUUGCCCUACUCGCACAGCAGCAGCAGCUGAGAGAUCAGACGCUGGGCUCGACGGAGUUCACCGGGUCAUGCAGAAGAAAGCUGGUCUGAAAUCAACUGUACGUCGCAGUGCAGCACAAAACUCUGAGUAUCAGAGACAGUUCUCUUGGAAAACGGCACCAGUUAGCUCCCCUCUCUUGGCUGCUGAACAGGUGAUUUAUAACAGAAACAGGGAUGUUCCCCCAUUCAAGUCGGAUGCUGUGGUGUUGGAGAGCGAGUACAAGAAAAACUUCAAGGGCUUAGUCCUGCCCAAAGGCCCCAGGCUGCGCAGGGACGUGGAGGAGAGAGAGGCUGUGCUGUACGAGCCAGAGAAUAUCUCCCCAGACAAAACCCCCAAGAGUAAGAAGAAUAAAAAAGGGGGAUCCACAAAGCACAACAAUACUUCCAGCGUUCCACAUCCCAGGAGAGAGCGGGAGAGGCAGGUCUCAAGGAAACAGAACCCAAAAAGGCCCUUCUUCCCUCACCGAGGGUGUGGGAAACAGAAGUCGGAGUACAGUGCGAAUUUCCGUUCCCCUCUGCUGUACAGGUACAAAGACGGCGCAUGGAUAAAAAGCCCCUGCGUGGGAGAAGAGGGAUCUCAAAGAACCCUUAAUCACAUGUGGUAUAAUGAGGUGAAAGAGCUACGGGAGAGAGCCGAAGCCUACAAGAAGAGAGCGUGGGGGACCCACUUCUCUCGGGAACACCUCAGCCAGAUCCUCUCGGAACAGAAUCGCCUGUGGGAGGUGAACUCGUCUUCCACUGUCACUGAGGACACCGUCAGCGACACGGUGAACGCCCUGGACCUGGCCAGGGCACGAGACGUGAAGAGGAGCCCCAGUCCAGUGAGCCCUGGCUCCCUGUCUCCUGUGGGUAAUGCAAAGAGCCGCACAGAGGAGACAGAGCAGGCCGGGCUGCACAGCAGGCCUACACUCCCAGUGCAGAGGAGGCUGGCCUGGGAGCAGGAGGACCGUGGGCCUGAGAGCAAGGGGGAGGAGCAAGGAGAGCACACUGGAGACCUGGGAAGACAGGAAGAGGAGCAGGCUGAUGGGAACAAAAAGGGAGAUGAUGCCCAGGCAGGACAACAGCAGAAGGAGGUUAAGGCCACUGAGCAGCGUUCCUCCUCCAGGUCGAGCUCUGACGUGACUGCGGGAUCUUCAGAGACUAGCAGUGAUGGGGGAGGCCGGCUGCCCACCCCCAAGAUGAAGACCUCAGGAGUGGCCCAGAGGACACACCACGACCUCACCACACCAGCCACCGGUGGUGCUAUUUUAGUUUCCCCUCCGAAGCAGAAGCCCUCCCCUCAGAGAGUGCCGAGGAAGAGUGAGCCCCCUUUGGGCAAGCCCUACUCUCCCUACAAGCACCUGGCCAGGGACUCUUCACCGCCCCAGAACCCCUCGAAGGCCGAGGAGCGCUGCUCCUCACAGUCUCCUCCAGCUGCAGGACUGAAGACCACCGACCCAAUACCCCUGCGAGUGGACAGCUGGCCCUCUGACUCCCCACACAAGGCCCAGACCAGCCCCACGGCUGCCAAACCCUUCCGGAAACACAGCGCCUCUCUCGCCCCAGUACCCGCGGGCCGAACCCCUGCCUGCCGUAUCCAGGGUGCACUGAGGGACCCCGAGUUCCAGCACAACGGUAACCUUGGAGACUUGAGGCCUGGACUCUUUGCUUUCUCGUCCAAUGACUCUGAUAUCUCUGACAAUGAUGACAGGAUGUCACAGAUCUCCUCCCGGUCAGCAGCCUCGAGCUCCCUGGCUUCCGAGAUUCUAGAACGAGCUCAGAGGAGAAAAGAGAACUUCUGGGGAAAGAGCUGAUGGUCACCUACCGCGCCUCUGCGUGCUCCCUCCAUUCGAAAACAGACUUAUUUUUAAAAUCGUGUGUAUUGUUUUUUUUUAACAGAUCUUUUUGAAUUUGAAAACAAGUUUUUAGCAU